GUAUACAUUAGCAACGAAACAAAUUUAACUAGAAAUCUCGGAGAUCACUGUUACCUCUGUUACCUCUGUUAACUCUGUAUAGUGACUGUAGUAUUUCAGUGUAGUGUUUUUGUUUUCGUCACUGAGAGUGAGACGGAAUCAUUUAAUCAUCAAUAACAAAAUUCUGUUGGAGUCUGUUGACUAGUUCAUCACUCAUUAAAAAUCUGUGAUGGAAAUGGCAGAGCCCUGGCCACAGCUGGGAGACUACAUAACAUAUGCUGAAACUCUUCGGAACAGAACUCAUCAACUUCUGAAAGUGCAGGGGGUGGAUAAACUGGAGAGAAAAAUAAAAUCAGAGUUAAAGUUUUUGAUUUCACUGAGAUCAAGACUUGGGCAGGUGAAUGCCAGCCACCUGAAGAGCAGCAACCUCAGCCACUUCGCCAGCCUCGUCCACGCCUUGGAAAGACUGCCUGGGGUAGUCAGAGUCCUUCAGCCAUUCCAGUCGCCCUCUCGACCGGACAGUCUGGUAGUGGACAUUGUUGCUGGAGAUGGACAUUUGUGGGUCAAAGUGGUAGCCAGAAAAGGGCAGGCUCUCCAUCUUGUUUGGGCUGGUCAAGGUCAAUUUGGUGAACGCGAUCUGAUUUCUCAGGCAGAAGAAUAUUUAGAAUGCGCCAAAAGACACCCUCAUGAGUUUAAAACUCCCCAGGUUGUGUUUGUCUUCUACAAUCAAGUCACCGAGUCCAUGGCAGAUGUUCUGGAGGAGCUGGGGCUCACUGUUUUGGGAGAGAGAGUCUCCGUUGCCCCUGACGUCCAAGAGAAACUCGGCUCGUGCUUCACUUCCGAUACUGAAGAGGACAGCACAAGUUAUGCCUCAGACGAAGACGCUUCUUAUGCAACGAAUGUUUCGGAAACAUGCAACGCAGCAAGUUCUUCCCGGGAAAAGUCCAGAUCUCCAGUUAUUACUCUGACGCAGUCGACACGUACUUUUGAUAGGACUAUACAUUUUGAACAUUCUUCAGCUGAUAAUGUUUUAGCAUCUAUACCAACGCUUGAUGAUACCUGGGAUACGCCCAUGUCUUUCAGCGCAACACCGUCCACUUACAGUGACCUCGACUACCGGACUUUUGCGUGUCCAGUCGUCUCCGACACAUCGAUCAAAGACUUAUGUCCGGAGAACCCAGGUCGGGGUCAGACGGUACACCUCCCAGCUUGCUUUUUUUCAAACUCCCACUGGGCUGUUUCCAGACCUGAUAUUGGAGGUAGUCAGACGCAGUCGGGUCAUUUAUCUUCGUCUUGUCCUGGGAAGUCGAUGGGAGACCUGUUCCUCCAUCUUGUAGCCAGCCCUCCCGCCUACGAGACAAUACUACCAGGCGCCAGUUUGUUCUCCAACUUGAGGUCAUGCCCACCCAUCCCCCGAGUUAAUCUUGACAUCACCAGCCUGAUUGCUCUAGUCUCAUCUGUCACCAAUGGUAAUUGCCGGCUGGUCUUUAGGGACAAGGUGCUAACACAGCAGGCCAAGGAAGAACAAGAUUGUCCCAUACUACCCCUGCUAACAGAGUUCUUGAAAGGUAAAGAAUUGUUUGUGUGUGAGACGGCCCUGGCUAGCUUUCGGUCCAUCCUUGACAUACUGGGAGGGGAGAGAGAGAAGGAGAGAGCCGAGACUUUUCUGUCCAAGGUUCACAUAGUGAAAGACCAACCAUCGGAAAGAAGUCUGACCUUACCUUGUCAAGGUCGUGUGAAGAACAGAUCGAAGGUCAUAUUUGGUACAGGUGACACUCUGCAGGCUGUGACCGUCACCUCAAAUAUGGGCUUCGUUAGGUCGGCUAAAAGUCAGGGAAUCUCUUUCGCUGUAUUUCUCCACCAAGCCAGAGCGCUGACUGAGGAAAAAGAAAAAUCUGCAAGUCGCCUUGAAGAUCAAGUAUCUGCUUAGACUUUGUGUUGAGUUGAUGAGCUCAGUUGAGAUGUAGAGUGUGCUAGCAAGAAGUGUCCACUGCUAUCAUCACAUGAACAGACUUCAGCAUCCUGUUGAUCACUUGUUAUUUUUCACAUUAUUUGUUGCUUAUAUUUCAUUGAAAACUUAACUUUAGAUAUAUAUAGAGAGAGACAGACAGACAGAGACAGAGAGAAAGAAUAUUACUAGCAAGAGCAAAAAUAGGAGAAAGAAUUAAAUUAGCUACGAAACAAAUAA